GCUGCUGAGCUGUCCUUUUCCUAAACGUGGAGCUGGACGCUUCUCUUGCCUUUCCGCUGCUGCGGGUGGCUAAUCUGAGCUAAUGAUGGGGAAGGCCAAAGCCAAGGCUAUGUCUGCCUGGAAACCUCAGACUGCUGGGCUCAAAGCUUCUACUCCAAGGAGGUUGAUGCCCCAAGAUGGAAGGGCAGGGAGGUCUUGGAGCAGGAAACCUUCCACGGGGGUCUUGUCCCCAAAGCGGUCAGGAUCGACCACCGCUGGUCUUCUAUCAACCUCGAUAAAGAUGAGCUCCAGGUUCAGAGACUGCUACUGGUUUUGGAGCAUCUUCAUUUGGACUAGAAAGAUGCCGCUCCCACCGUCAGGCUGUAAGUGGAUCAUGAUGUUGCAAGAGUGCAGUGAGAGACUCCGGCUGGCCCAGAUGAUUCUGCAUUGGUGGCUCCUCUUAGGGGCAGCUGGGCUCCCCCUAGUGGGCUGUGCUGGUUCUUCCUCACACUCCCUGAGCUAUUUCUACACAGCAGUUAGAGAGGCUGGCCUGGGGCUUUCCCAGUUCUUCAUUAUGGAGUAUGUGGAUGACCAACUCACGACUCGUUAUGACAGGGACACCAGAAGGUACCUGCCUCGACUGCCGUGGCUGAAGCAAUUGGAGGACGACGACUACUGGGACUCGGAGACCCUGGUAUCGCAGAAUGCGGAGCAGGACUUCAGAGUGAACCUGGUGAUCCUGCAGAACCGCUACAACCAGAGUGAGGGGGUUCACACCCUGCAGUGGAUGUAUGGGUGCAAACUGAGUGAAGAUGGACGGAAAGGAGGCUAUAUGCAGUACGCCUACAAUGGGAUGGACUUCAUAAGCUUGGAUGAGGAGACCCUCACCUGGACAGCAGCCGACAUCAAAGCACAGGUAACAAAAAGGAAGUUGGAGGCUGAGCCAAGUUAUCCCCGGUACCUGAAGAAUUACCUGGAGAAGGACUGCAUUGAGAGGCUACAGAAAUACCAGGACUACUGGAAGGGAGCUGUGUGGAAGCAAGAACCCCCAACUGUGACGGUGACACGCAAGGUAGGCCGUGAUGGCUUGGAGACCUUCCUCUGCCGGGCUCACGGCUUCUACCCCAAGGAGAUCGAUGCCACCUGGAAGAAGGACGGGGAGGUCUGGGAGCACGAGACCCUCCGUGGGGGCGUCACUCCCAACUCAGACGGGACCUACCACACCUGGCUCAGCAUUGAGAUUGACCCCAAGGAAAGGAACCUCUACCAGUGUCAUGUGGAACACGAUGGCCUGUCGGAGCCUCUGGACUUGGCCUGGGAGGAGCCUGUCUUGGCGUCCAUAAGUCUCAUUGUGGGAGCCAUCCUAGUGGUCAUGGCUGCUAUCCUAAUGUUGGCUGGGAUAAUCCUCUACCUGCGCAAACGAAAAGAAUAUGGCUACAAAGCAACAGCAAGUCAUAAGGACAGCAGUGGGCUGCCAGGAAAAGAAGUGUGUCUGUGGCGGGAAGGAUGCUGUGACUAAUCUUGGAUAGGCCACAUUUCUCCCAGGGGGAGACCUCUGACUUGCAAAAACCAAACUGCUGUAGUAUGGCUCGUUUUUCCUGUUUUGAUAUUAAGCUACGGGAAGUCUGCCUGACAUCAUGAUGCAUGCCUUCAUUGUAUGUAGGGGCCCAGUAUGAUUUGAGCCUGAUGGUGUCUGAGAAGAGAGCAGAACGAAUCACCUGGGAGCCUGAAGAGAUCCUGCCAGUCACCUAAAGCAUUUGUUCUACCAGUCCUGGCUUUCACCCAGCACAUGUUCUGCAGGUCAUCUGCAGAGGGCUGCCAUCCUCUAAAGCUCCUGUUUAUUUAAUAAAUCAGUCUGAACUUAAUGCAAUAUA